AUGAUAUAUUUGGUUGAGUUUCUUGUAGUUUGUUUGGUAAUUAGUUUAAUUGGGGUUGCUUCUAAUCCAUCUCCUUAUUUUGGGGCGGGAAAUUUGGUGGUUGGUGCUAGUUUAGGUUGUGGAAUUUUAAUUUUGUUAGGAAGUUCUUUUGUAUCACUUGUAUUAUUAUUAAUUUAUUUGGGUGGGAUGUUGGUUGUUUUUGCUUAUUCUGUUGCUUUGGCGUCGGAUCCAUUUCCUGAAAUAUGAGGUAAGGUUGGGGGGUAUUUUGGUGGUUAUGUUGUGUUGGUACUAUUUUUAAUUAUAAUAUUUAGUGAAGGGGCUUUUAUUAGUUUAGGGGUUAGUGGUGUGGAUUCACAAGGUUUAUCCGUUGUUCGUGUGGAUUUAAGUGGUGUGUCAUUAUUAUAUUGUUUAGGUGGGUGGGGGUUAUUGAUUUGUGGAUGGGCAUUGUUGUUGGCACUAUUUGUUGUGUUAGAGUUAACUCGUGGGUUAGUGCGGGGGGGUCUUCGUGCAGUUAGG